AUGUGGGUAUCUGAUGUUGUAUCUGUUAUUGCUGGUUUUUUAUUUUUUUAUGUUGGAAUCUUUGGAAAGGGAGGAGAAAAUGAGUAUUCUGAUCUUUUGGAGCCUAUUUUGGAAAGCAAUUCUCACCAAAACAAUGGUGAUAAUGGACAACAAUCAAAUGUCGGAGGAGAGAGCGUAACUCCUUAUGCAAAUGCUAAUCUUCUUAGUAUUUUGACUUUCUCCUGGAUUGGGCCUUUGCUUGCACUCGGGUAUAAAAGAACUCUAGACCUUGAAGAUGUUCCUCAGCUUACCAAUUGUCAUACUGCUAAUGUGGUUUUUACUCAGUUUAGAAAUAAACUUGUAUCUGAUGGUAAUGGCAUUGAUAGUUGUUGUAAAGUAAGCACAUUCAAGUUGGUGAAGGCAUUGAUUCUCUUAACUUGGAAAGAAAUUCUUUGGACAGGUUUACUAUUCGUUGUAAACACAUUGGCUUCUUAUACUGGGCCAUACCUUGUUAAAACAUUUGUUCAAUACCUUAACAGCCCUCACCAACUAAAUUAUAAAGGGUAUGCACUAGUGUUUAUUUUUUUUAUUUCAAAGCUCAUAAGGUGCCUCUCAGAGAGACAUUUGUUCUUUCAACUGCGAAAUAUGGCAAUUAGGAUUCGUGCUGCUUUGUUCUCAACAAUCUAUAAGAAGUGUCUGAAGCUUUCAAGCCAAUCAAAGCAGGGCCACACUAGUGGAGAGAACAUUAAUUUGAUGAGUAUUGAUGUUGAAAGGAUUGGAUAUUUUAGUUGGUAUUUGCACGAUAUAUGGAGGGUACCUAUUCAGAUAAUUCUAGCAUUGUUGAUCUUGUAUAGGAGCCUUGGGAUAGCUUCACUUGCAGCAUUUACUGCCACAUUUAUUUUCAUGUUAGCAAAUAUUCCACUAGGAAAACUACAGGAGAAAUUUCAGGGUGAAUUGAUGGAUUCAAAAGAUCGAAGGAUGAAGGUGACAUCAGAGGCUCUAAGGAAUAUGAGGAUUCUCAAGCUUCAAGGUUGGGAUAUGAAGUGGUUGGCUAAGAUAAUUGAUCUUAGGAAUUUUGAAACAAGAUGGUUGAAAAAGUUACUUUAUACAUUAGGUAUCAUUGCCUUUGUCUACUCUUCUGCUCCUAUGUUUGUAUCUAUGGUUACUUUUGGAUUCUGUAUACUUAUGGGAAUUCCGCUAGAGUCAGGGAACAUUCUAACUGCACUUGCGACAUUUGAAAUAUUGCAAUGGCCCAUUUACAAUCUCCCGGACACGGUCUCCAUGGUAGUUCAAACUAAAGUUUCCGUCGAUCGGAUUGCAUCAUACCUCUGUUUAGAUGAUCUUCAUCCGAAUAGAAUACAUAAGCUUCCAAGAGAUACUACUGAUGUUGCAAUUGAGAUAAUCAAUGGAAAUUUCUCUUGGGACCUUCAUUCCCCUAAUCUCACAUUAAAAGAUAUAAAUUUUCGAGUAUACCCUGGUAUGAGUGUAGCUAUUUGUGGUUCUAUUGGGUCAGGAAAAUCAAGUCUACUUUCUUGUAUAUUGGAGGAAAUACCAAAGGUAUCUGGAGUUAUUAGAUUGAAUGGAACAAAGGCCUAUGUUGCACAAUCACCUUGGAUACAAAGUGGAAAGAUAGUAGACAAUAUAUUGUUUGGUAAACAGAUGGAUAAAGAAAGGUAUGAGAUGAUCCUUGAAGCAUGUUCAUUAAAGAAGGACUUAGAAUUAUGUUCCUUUGGAGAUCAGACUAUCAUAGGAGAGAGAGGGAUCAACUUAAGUGGUGGCCAGAAGCAAAGAAUUCAGAUUGCACGUGCUUUGUACCAUGAUGCUGAUAUUUAUUUGCUUGAUGAUCCUUUUAGUGCUGUGGAUGCGCACACAGGAGCUCAUCUAUUUAAGGAGUGUUUGUUGAAAAUUUUGGGUUCAAAAACAGUUAUUUAUGUUACCCACCAAGUAGAGUUUUUGCCUUCUGCUGAUCUUAUCCUGUUUAUGAAAGAUGGAAGGGUUACUCAAGCAGGAAAGUACAAAGAAAUACUUAGUGCAGGAACCGAUUUUAUGGAAUUAGUAGAAGCACAUAAGAAUGCUUUGACAAACCUUAAUUCUAUUAAGGGUAGGGUUGCUUUGGAUGAUUUAAUUAGUGGUGAGGAAGAUGAUAAUAUGCUAUGUAGCAAGAAGUCUAUUCAAGAUGAUGAGGGAAAAGAACCCAAAACUUAUAAAAUAGAAAAAAUAGUUGGGCCUGAGGAGCAGCUUGUCCAAGAAGAAAAAAGAGAAAAGGAUGGAGUCUGUUUUUCAGUUUACUGGCAGUAUGCUACUGCAGCAUAUAGAGGGGCCUUUUUACCAUUGAUAUUGCUAGCACAAAUUCAUGUUAAACUUCUCCAAAUAGUUAGUAGUUACUGGAUGGUAUUGGUUACUCCUAUUUCAGAGAAUUCAAGACCUUAUGUUAAAGAAUCCACCAUCAUCUUUGUUUAUAUUGCUUUGACCCUUGGAAGUUCUUUAUUUGUACUUAUAAGGUCCUUGUUCAUUGUAAUUGUUGGAUAUAAGACAUCCAAUUUUCUCUUCAAAAAAAUGCACUUAUGCAUUUUCCGUGCUCCCUUGUCAUUUUUCGAUUCUACUCCAAGUGGAAGGAUUCUAAAUCGGGUAUCCAUAGAUCAAAGUACAGUUGAUACCUUUAUUCCGCAUCAAAUUGAAGAACUUAUCAUCUCGAUCAUAGGACUAUUGGGAACUAUUGCAGUCAUGUCACAGGUUGCAUGGCAAAUGUUAAUAGUUUUUAUUCCGAUGAGUGUGAUAUGCAUAUGGUAUCAGCAAUACUACAUACCUGCAGCACGAGAAUUGUCACGACUAUUUGGAGUGUGUCAGGCUCCAAUUAUACAACAUUUUGGUGAAUCUAGUUUAGGUUCAACUACAAUUAGAUGCUUCAAUCAAGAAGAGAGGUUUAUGAACACAAAUUUCAAGCUAGUAGAUAGGUAUGCUCGGCCCAAAUUUCAUUUUUCUGGUGCAAUGGAGUGGUUGUGCUUUCGCAUGGAUAUGUUAGCAUCAAUCACAUAUGCUAUCACUUUGGUUUUCUUGAUCUCAAUACCAAAGGGAAUAAUCAAUCCUGGUGUCGUGGGUUUAGCAGUCACAUAUGGGCUUGGUUUCAGUAUGCAUGGGGUGGUAUGGGAUCUUAACCAACUUGAGACUAAAAUCAUAUCUGUUGAGAGAAUUUUGCAGUAUGCUUGCAUCCCUAGUGAACCCCCUCUAUUGGGGGAAGAAAUUGGGCCAGGUUGUGAAUGGCCAUCACUUGGCAAAGUUGAAAUUCUUGAUUUGCAGGUUCGAUAUGCCUCACACCUUCCUCUUGUCUUGCGAGGUCUCACGUGCACUUUCCCCGGAGGGAUGAAUAUUGGGAUUGUUGGGCGAACGGGGAGUGGUAAAUCGACUCUUGUACAGGCUCUCUUCCGGAUACUUGAACCUACAUCUGGUCAGAUUUUGAUAGAUGGUAUCGAUAUUUCUACGGUUGGCCUUCAUGAUUUGCGUUCAAGAUUGAGCAUCAUUCCACAAGAUCCAACAAUGUUUGAGGGGACUGUAAGAAGCAAUCUUGACCUAGCUGAAGAGUAUACAGAUGAACAAAUUUGGGAGGCUUUAGAUAAAAUCCAGCUUGGUGAUGAAGUUAGAAAGAAAGAAGGGAUGCUUGAUUCUGCAGUGACUGAGAAUGGAGAAAAUUGGAGCAUGGGUCAAAGGCAGCUAGUUUGUCUAGGACGGGCACUACUCAAGAGGAGCAAAGUAUUGAUACUUGAUGAAGCUACUGCAUCAGUGGAUACUAUGACUGACUAUUUAAUUCAGCAAACACUGAGAAAUCACUUCUCAGGGUCUACUGUAAUCACAAUCGCCCAUAGAAUAACAUCAAUUCUUGAUAUCAAUCUAGUCCUUCUUCUUGAUAAUGGUACUUUAGUGGAAUAUGAUUCUCCAGCCAAGUUGUUAGAGAUCGAGUCCUCAUCAUUUGCAAAGCUUGUUAAGGAGUAUACUCAAAGAUGUAGUUCUUAGUUUUUGAAAUGCU